AUUGUUUUGUGGACAUUGUGGUGGGAUUUGACAUCUCAACUCAUGAAAAAGGGCAGACUUUGCUUGAAGGUCAGUCUUGGAUAGAAACCUACCUUCAAGACCUCUUACGUACCAUCAGCUCCCUCAAUGGGGUAAGCUGUGAGGUGGGCACAGAGACUCAAGUUAGCGUGGCUUUUCAAGUGACCAAUGCCAUGAAAAAAUAUUCACCCAAGUUUGAGAUCUAUAGUGAAAACAUACUGAACAGCUUGAAGGAUGUAACAGUUAAAGGACCAUCUCUUCUCAACGCAAACCUCUUGAGUUCUCUAUGGGAUGCAUUUCAGAAUAAGUCAGCUGCUCGAGGAAAGGUGGUUCUCUUAUUUUCAGAUGGAUUGGAUGAUGACAUCGAAAAGCUUGAACAAAAAUCUGAUGAACUUAGAAAAGAAGGCCUGAAUGCCUUCAUAACUGUUGCUCUGGAUGGAGCCACCGAUUCAAGUGACCUGGCUGAUCUUCUCUACAUUGAAUUCGGGAAAGGGUUUGAGUACAGGAUCCAGCUCACUACUGGAAUGAGGGACCUUGGGAGCCGACUGUCAAAGCAACUGGUUAAUGUUGCUGAAAGGACGUGCUGCUGUUUAUUCUGCAAGUGCAUUGGAGGGGAUGGCAUAAUGGGGGAUCCUGGACCACCGGGGAAAAAGGGAUCCCCAGGUUUUAAAGGCAGUGAGGGCUAUCUGGGAGAGGAAGGUGCUGCUGGAGACAGAGGAACCAGUGGACCAGUGGGAGAGCAAGGUACUAAGGGAUGCCAUGGUGCCAAAGGUCCUAAGGGAAACAGGGGACUAAAUGGACAGGAGGGAGAAGUUGGAGGAAGUGGAAUUGGCGGAUUAAAUGGAGAACAGGGUGAGAGUGGUUUUCCCGGAGAAAAAGGAGAAAAGGGUGAUGAAGGAUCCCAGGGAAGCCCAGGAAAGCGAGGGGUUUCUGGUGACCAAGGUGCAAAGGGCCAGCGAGGAGACCCUGGAGUUCCUGGAUUUGACAAUACCAUAGAAGGACCUAAGGGCUUGAAAGGAGAACGUGGAAGACAAGGUGGAAGAGGCUGGCCAGGCCCCCCUGGAACACCAGGCUCCAGAAGAAAGACAGUAAGAGCCCUUCUAGACAAGGAGACCCACUGCUCUGGUAGCCUAUAUUGUGAUAAAAAUGGCCGAUUGUGGGGAGGAGAACCUGGAGAUUUGGGAGAAAAAGGAGCUAUUGGCCUCCUGGGUCCUCGAGGCUUGCCGGGUGGUGACGGCAACCCAGGUUAUGGUAGCAUUGGAAGUAAAGGAGCAAAGGGGCAAGAAGGAUUUCCUGGAGAAAGUGGACCUAAGGGUGAGACUGGGGACCCUGGGGGUCCAGGAGAAACUGGACCCAAGGGAGCUAGAGGCAAGACGAUAUCCACUGGGCCUCCAGGAGAGAUGGGAUCCCCUGGGGAGCCAGGACCUCCUGGACGCAAGGGUGUGAAAGGGGCCAGAGGAUUGGCUUCAUUUUCUAUGUGUGAGCUCAUUCAGUAUGUACGGGACCACAGCCCUGGCGGACAUGGAAAACCAGAAUGCCCCGUGCAUCCCACCGAAUUGGUGUUUGCCUUGGACCAGUCUCGAGAUGUCACCAAGCAGGAAUUUGAGCGCAUGAAGGAGCUGCUGUCUUCCCUGGUGAGGGGCGUCAGGGUCCGGGAGAACAGCUGCCCGGUGGGCGCACGCAUCGCUAUCCUCACCUAUACCUCUCACGCCCGGCACCUCAUCCGCUUCUCAGACGCCUACAAGAAGAACCAGCUCCUCAGGGAGAUUGAAGCUAUUCCUUACGAGAGGUCCUCGGAAAGCAGGGAGAUCGGCAAAGUGAUGAGGUUUAUCGCCAGAAAUGUCUUCAAGCGAACGCUUCCAGGGGCUCACGCAAGAAGAAUCGCCACCUUCUUCAGCAGCGGUCAGUCGGCCGAUGCCCAGACCAUUAUCACUGCAACUAUGGAAUUCAGUGCCCUUGACAUCAUUCCGGUCGUGAUCGCAUUCAGCAACGUGCCCUCCAUCAAGCGUGCAUUUGCGAUUGAUGACACUGGCACAUUCCAACUCAUAAUGGUUCCAUCCGGGACCGACUACGCGCCAGCAUUAGAGAGACUCCAGCGGUGUACUUUCUGCUAUGAUGUAUGCAAGCCAGACGCUUUUUGCGAUCAAGCCAAACCACCACCCCCUGCACAGUCUUACAUGGAUGCUGCUUUCCUUCUGGACAGCUCCCGGCAUGUGGGAAGUGCUGAAUUUGAAGACAUAAGACACUUUUUGGGAGCACUGUUAGAUCACUUUGAGAUCAGCCCAGAGCCUGAGACCUCUGUCACUGGAGACCGGGUGGCCCUAUUAAGCCAUGCUCCCCCCAACUUCCUACCCAACACUCAGAAGAGUCCUGUUAGAACUGAGUUCAACCUUACCACCUACAAUAGUAAACGCCUCAUGAAGAGGCACCUGGAAGAAUCAGUUCAACAACUAAAUGGAGACACUUUCAUCGGUCAUGCCUUACAGUGGACCCUGGACAAUAUCUUUUUAAAUACACCCAAUAUGAGAAGAAACAAAGUCAUAUUUGUAAUAUCCACAGGGGAAACCAGUCACUUGGACAGGGAAACCUUAAAGAAAGAAUCCUUGAGAGCCAAAUGUCAAGGUUAUACCCUAUUUGUGUUUUCCCUUGGCCCUGCUUGGAAUGACAAGGAACUAGAAGAUCUAGCCAGCUACCCUUUGGAUCACCACUUGGUCCAGCUUGGCCGAAUUCAUAAACCUGACCACAGAUACAGUGUGAAGUUUGUGAAAUCCUUUGUAAACUCAAUCAGGCGUGCAAUCAACAAAUAUCCACCCAUAAACUUCAAAAUGAAGUGCAACAGACUGAGCUCUACAGAUCUGAAGCAGCCCCCACGGCAGUGGCGAAGUUUUGUUCCUGGACCAUAUAAAACUACCUUCAAAGAAGAUGCAUUACAGAAGGCAAAGUUCUUUCAAGAUAAAAAGUAUCUUUCAAGAGUAGCAAGAGACAGCAGAGAUACUAUUCAAAAUCUUACCAGAAACACAUUCCAUACCUUUAAAAAUGGAAAAAAGGUGAUAAAAGCUGCUCCAAAACAACAUGAUAAAGGAAGUGCUUUAAGAAUUUAGCCUUAGGAAGCAUGGUAAGACUCUGGAUUUAAGUAACUCAAUUCACUGCCAUAACUAUGGGCAACUUUUAUUUGGAUAUCCACCCGUAUCCAGACGUCCACUCUGGAGGGCUGGACAAAACACAGGUUGUAGAUUAUCAGGCAAUUUGAUCCCUUGCACUCAUUGGUAUUAAGAUCGAUCUUGUCCAUUUCUUUGAGCACUUCUCAUAAUUCCAGCACUCUGAUACAUUCAAGAACUGUUAUCAUUAAAAGAUGGAAGAAUGAAAGAAGUGUUCUAAGAAGUCCAAUGGAGAUAUAAUCUGAAGGUAAAUUUUAAAUAGUAUAUACAUGAGCCAAUGCUAAUUCUUUUGAUUGCAGGUCUCUGUCCAGUCCACUUUCUGCGAACCAAGGUUUCAUUCUCUAGUACUGUUUAAUGCUCAUCUGUUUAACCAAAGGUUAAUGUUUUGAAAAACCCCAAAAUUUACAUUUACAAAUUGAUGCUUAUAUGUCAUAAUUUUGAUAAUUUGGCUUUCCCUGAUACCAUUUAAACACAUCACUGUCUCUGUGUGGAGUGUCCAGCUUUCUGAUAGGCUUAUGCUGGAAGGUCUCCUCCCACUUUCUGCAGUUGUUUGCUUGGACAGGUAAGAAGCAGAGAGUAAUUUUCUCUGCUCCAAUUCCUCCUUAAUUCACUGAGAAACUUGUUAAUUCCUCCAAAACAUAAAUAAUUGCUUUUGAGCUAGAAGUUCCCUCAUUAUAUACAGCCUCCUGCCUGGCUCUUUUGAUGGACUUUUAUUCUUUACCAUUAUUGUUAUAUAUAUAUAAUUUUUCACUAAUCCAUAUAUUCUUUAGACAAGGAGAGUAAAGACAACUGGUCAUGGGUAAAGCUGAGUUAACUUUUACCCAUCAGGUAGCUAUUUAGUCAAUAGUGAACAGUAUCAAACAGGACUGACCAAGAUCUAAAUAGAGUCUUAAAUGCAUAUUGAGUUUGGAAAAGAUAAAGUUGUUAAUGUUUUAAUCCACAAAUCCAUUUGGGGUUGCAGAGCUGUACAGAGAUGAGAGUAAGUUAAAGCAGGAAAGCUAGGCAUUCCAAAUGCCUAGCCUCCAAGAGCAUUCUGACAGCUUGCUCCCUCCUACCUCCAGAUCACAAAACUAAUUCUUAAUCUUAUGAUGGGCUAAUAUUUUCAACAACUAAAGACCAAAUUAGCAUUAUUUAAUUUAGACACAAUGUUUGUACCUUACCUCAAAUUCCCAGAGCUGGCUCCAGAGUUGGUAGCAAUGGCCCUCCUUGGCAGAACAUCACUCUCUUCAGCGAGGGAGACCCUGCUUGGAUGCAUGGGGCAGAUGGCUACUGGCACCUUAGACCAGUAGGUGAUUUUCUUUUCUAUAUCUCUCUUUAUAAAAGCUAGGAAAGAAAGGCCAUCUCCACUGUGUUUUAAAACCACUUCUGCCAUCCUUACUCAGGCAACUGCAUAGAGUUAGCUCCCAAUGUCUUCAGAAGGGCAAGGAGUUAAAAUGUCAUAUUCAUACUCAGGAAACAGAGGAGAAGACAGCACAUCAGGUUUCUUCAUAUCCUAAGCGGUUCUUAGGGGUUCAGGAAAAAUUUAUGUUUCAAGUGAAUGAAAUUGAGCAAUAUUUAAGAGGUAUUUUAAUAAAAGGGAUUUUUCUGGUUAACUUUGGAUUAAGCAAAAGCUCUUCCUGUUUACUGCUAGAAAUACUUUAAGAAUGUAUUUGUCUAUUUUUUCUGCAUUGAUAAGUAAAAUACACCAAAAAUUUUUGCCCUUGGUAAUUGAGAUUAUUUUAGCAUUUUGGGUCUUUUUAAUCCUUAACAGAUGAAGGGUCUGAAACAUACUGUAAAUGUUAAGUUCCUUUUUUAAAAUCCCUAAUUUUAGCAUUUCCCAUGGUUUACCUCUUUCUCUAGAAGGGAAAAGCCGUAAAAAUUUGAAUGUAAAUUAAAUAAACCCCUAUUUAAACCGAGAAUCACACAAAUAAGCAGUAGUGCUUCCUGGUUUAAACAUGUAAAUUAACUAUAAAGGACAUGCCUCCUAUUAUCUCAGCACUAAGCUAUGAGUCAAACAUGUUUAAAAAAAAAAAAGUCAAAAAAAAGAUGCAACUCAACAUGGUCUUAGAUUGCAAUACUCAGUAACAAUUCAACCAAAUGACCCCCUUUUCUAAAAGGGGAGUUUAAGUGGGAAGAGGAAUGGAUGGCAGGAAGAUAAGGGGAGAAAGGAAUUACAUCUCCACUGGCCCACUCCAUUUUCCCCUCAGCAUGUUUUGUCAGUUAUGUGGCUUCGCUAAGCUUCCAGGCUUGAAGCCCUUCUCAGUCCAAAGGUUUGUCUCAAACAAGUGACCUCCAACCUCUGCAGAACAAAAUCUGACUUCGUAGCUAGAAACUCUGGAUAUAUGGUCUUAACAGACACGAAGGGAAGCAGAUGCAAUGUAACAGGACAAUGUCAAAUUUGCAAAUCCUACUGUUCCACCAGCUAUCUAGCCUUGUCAAGGUCCAGACUCCUCUAACUCAGGGCUCUGUGAAUGACAGGGUUUUCUGAUGAGUUUAGACAGGUAAACACAAAACUAAGUGCACUGAAUCGUGAAGUCAGACCUAUGUACUGCAAACUGUCAUGUACCAUAACUGAAUCAUAUAAUUACAGAAAAUUAAAUUUGCAAAUUUAAAGUACUAUUUUCCCCCAGAGGCAGAUUAUCUACUUAACUUUUUGGUUUACAGACUCAUGUAACUAAUUUAAAAAUGAAGUAUCUUAAACACCAUAAACCCUUUAGCAAAUGGAUGACAAAUGUGAAGAGACAAUUAGGUUCAUGUACAAAUAAUAAUUGAUAAGCUUGAGGGGUUUAUUUUGUGGGAAAGGCCAAUUUUGGUCUUCAAAAGUGUAAUGUUUGGCAUGUUUUUAACAGCUUAGUCCUUUUCUUUGUUUUUCAUGCAUUUAAUAACUGACACUGGAUAAAAGCAAGCUGAUGGGCUAAGUUUCAGAAUUUAUAGUACAGCCUAUAAAAAAUGAUGAUGACCAAGGAGAGACAUUUUUCGAGGGCCGAUACACAGAUCAGUUCUAGUGUUAAAUAAUAAGGCAGACGACUAUAAAACAGGAAGAAAGACACGAUAAAGCAGAAAGAACAAAAUACUGAGUCCAGAAAUGUGGGCCUAAGGCCUACUUCUUUGUGACACUGAGUCCAUUUCUUCAGAACAAAUACUGCCGAGGAGUUUAUUCUUCUGCUCAAGUUUACUGUUUAAGACACCAACAAAAACAAAAACAAAAAACCCUUAAGAUGCCUGAAUACAGUUUAUUGGCUGGUUUGAAUAGCACUUUUUUAAUAGCAAAAAUGUGUUUACAUUGUAAUAGCUUACAAUCAUCUUUUUCAAUACAAAGUAAAAUAUGUCUUAGCAAUUUAAAUUCCUCACCUCUUUGACCUAUACAAUAAAAAGUCCCAGAUACUGUUGUCUGGCCGAUUCCUGCAGAGAUAUGCAUGAGUAUAUUAGUUGAGUGCAACUUCCUUAACCACCCUGGAGGGGAUCUGUUUAAUCAUGAAACGGUAAUAUACAGACAUAAUUUUGAAAAGGAAAUGAAUUUCACUUCUGUCCUCUAAAAAUACCUUUGCUCUCAAGUUACAGUAUACAUAUAACUUUAUUACAUAUUAUACAAACCACUAGGUUUUCAUUUCCACACCUUAACAAUCCCAUCUCUAGAUGCAGUUACAAUGAAGCCCUGUGUUGUCUGGAAGGUGGCCACAUCUGUGAUGAUGUCGUGAUGUCCCACAGGCAGAGAUUCUGGGCCCCUCCGAGGGGUGUCAUCACUUGGUCCUACCUUCUGCUUAUUCUGGAUCUCCUGUUUCAUGGUUAAAAGUCAGGGAGGAAAAAAAAGGGAGAAAGCCAGAGGUUAAAAGCCUGUACCACAUUGUACCUCUUCUCAAUAUUGUUGCUUCUGGGACAGGCUGUUGUCGUUAAAGCUAAAACUUCCUGUGAAGUAGUCAACCUUUCACAAACUGAGUAAAGAGUCCAAAAUGAUAUUGUGUUUUCCACGAGUAGCCACUUAUAAAUAUGUACAGAUUCUUGGCUUGUUUAUAAAUUUUCUGUAUUACCUUUUGUCCCUAUCAAAAGGAAAAAGGGAAAGCCUAUAAUAAAGGGGUGUAAAUGACCAGAA